UGGCAACCACCAGGCGUCACCACCCUGGACUCCACGAGUGCGCAGCAAUUCUUCCCUGCCCUUGCUGGGAAAAAAAAACCCAUUCACUGCGAAUGCAUACGUGUGCAAUGGGGGUCUAUUGAGCACAACAAUCAACAUAAAUGUGUGCAUCUGCCGGUUUCGUGCGUCGGUACCGUAACGGAGUUUGGACGUGUCCAAGCCCGCUGGAGCGCCGCUCGUCUUCGGCCAGCAGCUGCCGUAGCCAUCCCUGAUUUCUGGACCAAACAUGGCCGAGGACGACAGCGAGUGGGUCGUGGAGAGCAUCGUGGGCUACCUGGGAAGUCCCGAGUGGGUAAUCCCAGUCACGGAUUUCAUGGAGCACAAAUGCACAGUGUUUGAUGAUGAAGAUGAAAAUAAGUUAGUGUACACGGAAAUCCAUCAGCAGUAUAAAAAGUUGGUUGAGAAGCUACUGGAGAAUUACAUGCAGGAUGUGGGCAUCAAUGAGCAGCAGUUUUUGGAUGCGUGCACCUCCCCUUUUGCCAAGUCCAAAACGGUGCAGUCUGUGUUCCAGCCAGUCCUGGCCACAGAUGACUUCCAAAUUUUUCGCUCGCUGAUGGUCCAAAAGAACAUGGAGCUGCAGCUUCAGGCUCUGCGGGUCAUUAAAGAGAGGAACGGAGCGCUCCCCGAUUGCUUGACUGAUGGUGACGACGUGAUGACAGAGCUGCAGCAGCAAGAGAUGAAGAUCCUGCAGGAGGUCCUCAAAAAGUCCAAAGAGGAGUACGAGGAGGAAAUGUCAUGGCGGUUGCUGCUGGAUGAGGAGCGUGCGUGUUCGACGUCCGCCGGCGAAGCACAAGAUGGCGUCUCUGCCCAGGUUGACAAGAGUGACACAAAUGCCCACCGAGCACAAACGAUGCAUGUGAAGAGUGCAGCUGCGCAGUCCAAUCAGGUCAACGGUAAAGCAUCCGAAAAAGCCGAGCUCAAGUUGGCUGUCGCGUCAGAUGUGAAGCGUUUAGAAAAAAGCAGCUCGUCGUCUUCUUCUACACAAACCUCUGGCGGGAUCAAUCUGAGUGUGGAGCCUCGAGUCCCGCCACCCGUGAAAGCGCCCAUCAGCUCUGAGCAAGCCUGGCUGGAGGAGGCACACAGGGAGGCCGGCUUUGCUCAGCCUUAUAAUGAGCUGUCGGCGUCUCAGCAGGAGCGUCUCCAGCAGAGGGCGUCCUACUUGCGCGAGCAGCGCGACAAGUUGCACGCUCUCAAGAAAGACCGGACCGCCAAGCAGACCGCAGCCCCCGACCGGCAGACACCUUGCUCUCCUUCCUUGCCCGCGCCUCCUCCUCCUGCCUCCGAGAUUUCGACGGAGGAGCGCAAGAAGCUGCAGAAGAGAAAGCACCUGGCCGACAAGCUGAAAGAGGAAGUCAUCAAGAAAUGAGCUCCGUGUGCAAUACCAAUGCAGUCGCAUGUAUUUAUUUUCACACAAGUGGUAAUGCUCACCUUUGUGCUCCCGUUAGACGCAGUAGCCUCACAGAGAUCUUCCUGGAUGAGAGACGAGCCGCUUUCACACUUUGGGCGGUUGAACUGGGAUUGAGUCACUUGGCCCUUCCGGAGUGCGUAUUGACACGGCCGUUGCAGCUUAGCGCAUUCGGAUAAUUAUUUGCCACGUGGAGACAGUCGAUUUGGGGGGCAGGACAAUGCCAAUUCGAUCCGGCUCCACAUAACCAUUUUCUAUGCUGUAUUUUGCAUUGAACCACGGCGUGAUUGUCGGGUGAGAAGCGGUUGCUUGUAAAUAUUCUAAAAGGCUGUGUGAAAUUCUACAUUAUAGUUGAGUAUUAUUGCUACAAAAUGCAUAUACGGCGGUACUGUAUAGCGUACGGCCGCGCGAUAUUGGAAAAACAUAUCUAGCGAUAGAGUGCGAUAUUAUUGCAAAUGGUAUUUUGCGCAGCUCUAUUUUCGACCAUUUGCGAGUACACAGACGGCAACAAGCCAAGACCGAGGCAGUACUUAAGAGGAACCGGUGUGAAAGCGGCUACAGACUGUUGUACAAAAAGAUGAGCCGCAUGUUUGCCACCCCUUGCUCUAGAAACAUCUUGCACUCCCCCCCACCCCCCAACUGUGUUCGUUUCAAUCGUUGUGUAAACUGCAUGUAGAUUGCAACAGUGCACCUGCAUCAGUAGAUGCUUGGCCCCGAUGUUACGUUGUAUCAGUAACCGGCUCAUGCUUUGACGUGUACGUUUUUGUGCAGAACGGGAAUCAAUGGCGUAAGAAUAUACAAUACUUUUAAGCACUUGAGGACGCACCACGCAAUACUCGACAUACUAUGCUCUUGAAUAUAUCACCUUUUGUAAGGUGGACACGGUCAUGUUAUGCUUUUUUCCACGACCGACAGAAGUGGUACCGGGGAUAGUCUGAAAUGUACCCCCGUUUUAGGAAUUUCCACUUUGUGAAGUGUCCCCCACCCUCACCACCUUCACCUGCUUCCCAGGCAUGCAGAGCAUAAAGAUACAACCUUUGGUCAUGUAAAUAAGAGUCCAUUCAGUGGUGACAUUUGUAUCAAAAUGUGUAUCAAAUGAGAUUGAAAUUCACGUCGAGCUACAAAGUGGUCAAAACGAAAUCAACAGUCGCUUUGAAAUUAAAUCCCCUUCUGACAACGAAAUGAAGAUUUUGCCGUGUUGGCUUCCUAAAAUUACACAACUCAAACGCAUUCCCAAAAGUUGGCUGCAAAAACAACUUUACUGCAGUUUCAAUGCGAUUACCUCCCUCUCUCUUUUUUUUUUUAAAUCAGCAUUUGCAGAUUUACAUUGAAUCAAAUGAACAGGACCAAAAGGGAGAACAGCGACCCCCCCCCAAAAAAAGCAGGCUGGGUGUGGCUGUCGUCCCUUUUUUUUCUCUUCUUUUAUUUUUUAACUGGGAGAGGGGCGGAGGGGGCAAUGUUAAAACAGAAGGAUGUAGAGAGAAAAAAAACAUCUGUACAGUCCUUUUUGAAAGUCAUCUGGGCUCCCUGGUCGUAUGUUGUCCCGUCCUCUCCGCGAACGGCCAGUCAAGCGUCCUAACAACUACAAGGGGGGUGGCGGGGGGCUAGUCCUGCUAGCCUGACUGGUCUGUAGCGCAGUUCAUUCACCGACGGCCUCCAUUUUGUGAAUCAGUGAGGCGCUUCCCUUCGGGCUUCUGUACCUAUCACAAUAAAGCCGAAACAGGGAAGGCGGGCGGGCCUUGGCACUUUGAUGAUGAAGAUGAUGAUGAGGAGGAGGAGGAGGAGGUUAAUGGUUAGUGAGGGUCCAGAGACAAGGAAGGUGGCUCCAUCAAAUUCCGAGCAGGCCAAGAGCGUGAGGGAAAAGGAGACGGCGCCAGACUUGCGGCGAUGUUAAGAACUGAGACGCGGACGCUUGCGGGGGGAUUGCGCCUCUUCCUCCUCUUCGUCUUCCUCCUCUUCAUCCUCGUCAUCGGGAUAGUCCACCAAACCGACCAGAGGGGUCUGACAGACAAGACAUUGGCUCACACCCGGCGCAACGUGAAGUUCGUCCCGUAACUGGUGGUCAUCGAGUACUUUUAUCCGGAGACAAAAUGGCUGUUGCAAUGUCUCAAAAUAGUUUUUCUUUAACGAUACAUAUAUCUUUCUGGGUGUCCCUUGUUUUAUGUUAUGAGUUCAGUUAUAUUACUGUUAUUUUAUAUUAAAUGUUCUGGAGAG